AUGGAAGACAAUCCAGUCCUUUCAGGCGCUGCCGAUGAUGCCCAGGCCGUCGCUCAGGAUGCCCCCGGUGAUGUUGUUGCGCCCAGUGGAUCGCAAUCGAAUCAAGGAUCGCCGGUGAAAAAAGCCGAAAGUGCUUCCGGAACCGAUAACCCGCUAGAUGCGCCUGCGUCCCCCAAGCCUCAGAAUGCCGACGCUGAACGCGAAGACGAAGAGAUGGGCGGAAUGGAAGACGCGAAGAAAGAACCUGAUACUGGUGAUGAGACUGGGGAGGGCUCUGUGCCGCUGGGAGUGGAUGGCGCUGCUGACCCAGCGCAGACUAAGGCGUCGCUCGAGGCUUCUGCUCGUUCACAUCUCGUUUCGCAGACACAUGCCAUUAUUCUCCCGAGUUAUUCUACAUGGUUCGAUAUGCACACUGUCCACCCCAUUGAGAAGAAGGCUUUGGCAGAGUUCUUCAAUGGGCGGAACCGCAGCAAGACACCCGCCAUUUACAAGGAUUACCGAGAUUUCAUGAUCAACACUUAUCGACUGAAUCCCAUUGAAUACCUCACUGUCACGGCUUGUCGCCGUAACCUUGCCGGAGAUGUCUGCGCUAUUAUGCGGGUGCAUUCUUUCCUCGAGCAAUGGGGGUUGAUUAAUUACCAGGUGGACCCCCAAACGCGUCCUUCCAACAUCGGUCCCCCGUUCACUGGCCACUUCCGGGUGGUUGCCGACACUCCGCGUGGCCUCCAGCCUUUCCAACCGGGUCCCAACCACACGGUUACCCCGGGUAAGCCUCACCCGGCUACUGACCGUGCCGCGUCCUCCACUCCUGCUUCCAAAGCAGACCUCAACCUCGAACUUCGCCGGAAUAUCUACGAUGACAAGGGCAAGGAGAUCACACCGGCUGCAGAGGAUAAAGACAAGCAGGCCAACGGGGAAGGCGCCAAUGGCACUGACCCCACCAAGGCGCUGGAGAACGCUGCUCGGGAACCUAGAAAGAAGGCUCACUGCUUCUCUUGCGGAAUUGAUUGCACUCGUCUCCGGUUCCAUUACGCUAAGUCAGCACCUGCCGCUGGAAACAACGCUCCGAACUCGAAGUACGACCUGUGCCCCAACUGCUUUUUGCAGGGCCGCAUGCCCUCCAGCCACAGCGCCUCGGAUUUCGUCAAGCUCGAGGACAACGAAUAUACGAUUGCCCAAGACAAGGAAGCUCCUUGGAGCGACUCGGAGCUUGUCCUGCUCCUUGAAGGAUUGGAGAACUUUGACGACAAUUGGGAGCAAAUUGCCAACCACGUGGGCACAAGGACAAAGGAAGAAUGCGUUAUGAAGUUCUUGCAGCUCGAGAUCGAAGACAAGUACGUUGAAGACAUGCCGGACCUGCGCAACCUUCAUGGCCGGGACCCUAUCAGCCACGCUGAGAACCCGGUCUUGUCCGUGGUCGCAUUCCUCGCUCAAAUGGCAGAGCCGUCAGUGGCCGCCGCUGCCGCAGGACGCUCCGUGGAAGAGAUCCGGAAGGAACUCAAGAAGCAGCUCGGGAAGGGCUCGGAUGAAGAGAAGGCCCAGGAGAAGGGCAAGGAGAAGGAGGGCGAAGCUCCAAAGACUGAGGACUUCAUGGAGGUGGAUACCUCCCGCGCAGAGACCGAUACAGCAUCUAAGGCAUCCCUCCCCAACGUUGCCCUUGCAGCCUCUGCAGCGCGCGCCGGAGCAUUGGCCUCGCAUGAAGAACGCGAGAUGACCCGUCUCGUCUCCGCCGCUGUCAACGUCACCCUCCAGAAAUUCGAGAUCAAACUCCAGCAAUUCAACGAGAUGGAAGAGAUCAUCGAGGCUGAACGCCGGGAACUCGAACAAGCUCGUCAGCAGCUCUUCCUGGACCGAAUGGCUAUGAAGAAGCGUGUCAAGGAGGUCCAGGACUCGCUGCAGUCCAUCACCCUCAAGGGACCCAGUGACGACUCCAACGCGAUGAUUGCUGAUGCCGCAGCAGCUGGUAUGGGUAACCGGUACAACUUCCAGCCUGUUGGCGGCGAUUUCAGAACAGGUGUUCAGCCAUGGAGUGCUGAGGCGGGUGCCGAUUUCAAGGCAUUCGAUCUAUAA